AUGUGUACAAACACAGAAACCCCCAAGGCUGAUGUUUCCAAGGGAAUAUUGGCUGAAAACACUACCCUGAGAGAAACUCCCGGAAAUAUCUCGUCUGAUGACAACGACGAUAAUGCUUCCGUCGACUCGUUUGGAUCAGACGAAGUAGCAAGAGAACAGUCCAAGUACAAAGACGACAAGAUCGAGGACGUUGACGCUUUGGCCAAGGAGAUGGAGCAGUGCUACCUAGAGGCCGUAGAGGAAAUGAAGGAGUUGGAAAAGCUUGUGCCUCGGUUUAAGGCGUUGGACAAAAAGACUGAGAAACUCUUCAAGUACUAUUUUGGAGGUCCUUGGAUGUCCCAUCGAGAACGCAUUUUUGAGGAGCGGCCAAAUUCGGGGUACAAUGUCCUCGGGGAAGAUUGCAUCUUUGAUUUCUACGGAGACUUGAACAACUUGGCCAAGCAGAAUCUCAAGGAGAUGACGCUAUACUUGACUGAUAAGAAGGAUUUUUAG